CGUCUUUGAUGUGUUCAGUGUUUGAACAGCCCUCUCCGUCCCACAAUGCACUGCAGCACUCGGCCUUUGAAAAACCGGCGCGGCUAAUUCAAGAUGGCGGAGCUCGAGCAGCUGUUAGACGAGAGCUCUUCAGCUAAAGCCCUUGUAAGUUUAAGAGAAGGAAGUUUGUCUAAUACUCUAAAUGAGAAGAAUAAUUUACCAAAAUCUCAAAACACCAGAGGAAGGAGCACUUACACUUCUAUGGAAACACCAACAAGGAGUUCAAAGAGAAGUCGGCUGUCAUGUGAAGAUGAUGAGCGGCCGCCCGCCUCCAGAUCUCCCAGGAGAAGUCAGAGGGUCACCACUGUGCCUCAGAAACUCGCAAAUGUCGCAACGCCAGAUAAAAAAGCAUCGCAGAAAAUUGGCCUGAGAUUGCGAAAUCUCCUAAAGUUACCCAAAGCACACAAAUGGUGCAUCUAUGAAUGGUUCUACUCAAAUAUUGACAGACCUUUAUUUGAGGGAGACAAUGACUUCUGCCUAUGUUUGAAGGAGUCUUUUCCCAAUCUAAAAACUAGGAAGUUGACCAGAGUGGAAUGGGGAACAAUCAGAAGACUUAUGGGCAAACCCCGAAGAUGUUCCUCUGCGUUCUUUACUGAAGAGCGAAUGGCUCUUAAACAGAAGAGGCAAAAAAUGCGUCUCCUGCAGCAGAGGAAAAUCACAGAUAUGUCUCAAUGCAAAGACCUGCCGGAUGAGAUUCCUUUGCCCUUGGUCAUUGGCACUAAAGUUACAGCUCGUCUGAGGGGUGUCCAUGAUGGGCUUUUUACCGGUCAGAUUGAUGCGGUAGAUACAAGUGCAGCAACGUAUCGUGUGACCUUUGACAGGAAUGGGCUCGGCACACACACUGUUCCUGACUACGAAGUGCUUAGUAACGAACCCAACGAGACAAUGCCCAUAUCUGCCUUCGCUCAGAAACAGCGGCCGCCUCGUUUCCAGAACUUUCUCACCCCACCACGUGGCUCUUACCCCAGCUCGACCCAAUCCAUCUUAAUGGAUAAUGACCCGCUGUUCAGUCAGUCCCCAUGGAAAGGUAAACUAACAGGAACUGAUGGAGAGACACUGGGUGGAUUUCCUGUCAAAUUUCUUGUGCAAGUGACUCGCCUGUCUAAAAUCCUCAUGAUUAAAAAAGAACACAUAAAGCAUUUGAAGGAGAUGAAUACAGAAGCAGAAAAACUGAAGUCUUAUUCCAUGCCCAUCGGUUUGGAUUUACAGAAGAGAUAUGCCACAACAGUCCUCGACCUUGAACAGCUUAAUAAGGAUCUCAACAAGGUCUUACAUGAAGUCCAGCAGUUUUGCUUUGAGCUUGCCCCAGAUCAGGGCAUGCAGCCCGCAGACCAGCCCAGUGAGCUCAGAAGGCGCUGCGAGGAGGAGUCUCAGGACGUUGUGCGGCUCAUUAACACAUUGCCUGAUGGAGAGCAGCGUGUUCAAAACCCCGGUCUCACCCAGCUGGUCUCCCGUCUCACAGCGUUGCUCCUGCAGAUCAGGUGUUUGGCUGAAGGAGGUGACCUGAAUUCAUUUGAAUUCAAAUCGCUGACAGACUCUCUGAACGACAUAAAAAGUUCAAUAGAUGACUCCAACCUCAGCUGUUUCCAGGAUAACGUGGAGAUACACGUAGCACAUAUACAGAGCGGUUUGAGCCAGCUGGGUAACCUUCAUGCUUUCUCUGCCAACAACACUAACAGAACGUGACAGAAAUUAAACUCAUCAUCAUCCCAGAAUCCAAUCACCCGUUCGUUUCUUCAACCAACAUUUGUUCUUUGUUUAUUCAUGUUGAAGAGGUCAAAAUAUGUUCUGUAUUUGUACCGGCACAGGUACUGUUAAAAUCCCAUGCCUAGUGGCACCAAAGUGUCUUGGGUGAUGUUGAAUCAGCUAGCAUGCGUGCUAGACAAAAGUGGAGCAAACAAGAUAGGAUUGUUUCAACUGUCAUUGCAAAUUUUGCUCACACUCAAUGUGAUAUAUAUUUAAAGUUCCCUUAUUUUUAUUAAUGGUUUUCAACAAGGACGCAUGCCAUACGGCACUCCUCAUUGCAGUUUUUGUUUGUUAAAACUGUUUGGCCUAUUUUAUUCUCUCGCUCUGGACUUUUACAAAACUUCAAGUGUACCAAGAGCAGAGGUACUGUUUUCAAUAUGUUCUGUAAGUUUUAAAUAUGUACAUUGUAGAUAACUGUACAGUUCGCUUAAAAUAUAUCAAUAAAUGAUCAUAUAUAGGGUAA